AUGUCACCUGAAAACGAAGCUGCUUGGAGUCUGGAGCCAAAGGGUGACCUAAAGCGAUUCACUGCAGCCUACAACAUCCCUUCAGAAGAGGAAAUUGUCAUCAAGAACCAUGCCGUUGCAAUACAGCCAUUUGAUGCCAAUAUCCGAGCCCGAGCAUACAUUGAUGUGCCUUACCCAUUCAUCUUGGGUAACGGGGUUGCCGGCAUUGUCCAUGAAGUUGGCCCAUCAGUCACCAGGUUCAAAAAGGGCGACCGGGUUGUGUCUGAUACACCCACUUACCAGCUCAAAGAAACUAAGUACGGAGGCUGGCAGAAAUAUGUCGUGAGCCGAGAAGCGACAACCGCUAAGAUACCAGCAAGCACGACUUUCGAGGAUGCUGCUGCGAUGCCGUUUGCGCUUUUAACAGCCGUCGCAGCGCUGCACUUGCACCUAGGAAUGAGUAAACCUGGAACAAAGUGCGGCGGAAAAGCACUCAUCUGGGGCGCGAGUGGGUCUGUGGGCGGUUACGCUGUCCAGUAUGCCGCCAGUCUAGGAUACGAGGUUGUGGCAACCGCCUCCCUGCGCAAAUUCGACUAUGUGCGUGGCCUUGGGGCCUCCGCGGUCUUCGACUACAAGGACGAUGAGAUCGCCUCAAAGUUGAAGAGACUCGGUCCCUAUGAAUUUAUUAUGACAGCCUCGGGCGAUGCGAAAGGUGCAAAUUCUAUAAGCGAAAUCCUGCAACCAGAAGGUGGGACAUUUGCAUCUGUCCGCCCGCGAAGUGAUGAAAUGCAUCUUGCCGGGAAUGUCCAUCUGGCCUACGACUUUUUCAGCAUGACUACUCAGAAGCCGGAAAAUGCCGAUUUCACUGAAUGGUGGUAUCGCGACUAUCUCCCCGGAGCUCUGGGCGGAAAUGUGACCCCCACACCCUUGGAAAAGCGACCUGGUGGCUUGAACAGAAUCCAGGAAGCUUGUACCGACGUUUUGGAAGGGCGGAGCCCGAAAAAGCUAGUUUUAGAUCCCCAAGCGGAUGGUCUUUAA